GUGAAAGAGAAAGUAAAUAGGAUGUAAGGCCAAGACAAGGCUGACACCUAAGAAAAAUCGAGAGACGAUGACACACAUGGAAAGGAACAAAAAUGAGGCUAUGCACAACGGGGCCCGUGAGCACAGGUUCGACGUUUUUUCUGCAACCCUCUCCUCGGUCAACUUUGCUCUCACAAGUCUCCAGGUGCCUCCAAAGGCUGUUUCUCUAUGGAGUCGUUUAAGCGCCGAUGGCCUUCGAGUACCGAGGAGGACGGUGACAACAAGCGACUCUGCCGUGGCCUGAUGGAUGGCCCAGCCGAUACAGAUGCAGUAUUCAAUUACAUCCCCGAGGGGCAGGCUCAGAGCUAUCCUCAAUUGUGCGGCCUACUCAACGAUCAGCAAUUCGCCGUCGAGGAGGAAUAUUUUCGUGGAACAACGAGCGCUGAUAAUAUGGAUCAGUACUUCUAUCCAGGAGACGGCGCAUAUGCGCUACCUGAAAUUUCAUCCUUCGGAGAUAUAUCCAUGCUUGACUAUAAUUCUAUGGAUUUCGCGUUUGGCCUCCCUGAGUGGUCCAGUUAUGACAAUAGCAAUGAUGUGUUUGAUUCAACGCAUCAGCUAUGUUGGAAUCAACCAGAAAUAGAACUUGGGAACGACAUCACUGAUCUGAGUAGCCUCAACGUCGGACCUGUCGAGCAAACGACCCCUAGUUUACUGGAGGUGCCGACGAUAUCCCCUUCCCCGAUAAGCACGAGGAUAGCCACGCCUGGCUCAAUAAGCGAAGUGCCCGGGUACAGAUGCUCCACGAUAACCGCAAGCUCGGACACGCUUCGACCGUUGCCGGCACAUGAAAGCCUUGGAGCGGAGACCUCAACAUCAGACAAGAUGCCGGAGAUGGUGGAUGAGUCCAUAUCGCGGGAUGAGGACGCGGUAAUGGAGAAUGGUGUUGAGCACGCAGCGGAGGGCGCACAAUUUAAUACCUGCUUCGGAGAGGUGAGGAGUCCUUGUACUCGAGAGAUACAAGCUAAGAAAGCCAGGUUAUGGUGGGGGUAAUCUCGUCCAUCGAUUGGAAGGGAGAGACCACGCCCAAGCGAGUCAGUAUAGAGCCUUUUGGCAACGUACUAAAACU